GAAGCUCCUCUGCCUGUCUCCGCGUGCUAUUGCUGUCUUGUUUUGCAAAUCUGCAUUCAUCAUCUCCUUCUCCUUCUCCUUCUACCUACGAGAGAAGCUCUGUGUCUGGUUACACAAGGAAACUAAGAUAUGGCAGUAGAAUCUGUGCUUACUUUUGCGGCCGAGGGAAUACUGACGAAGCUGUCUUCCCUUGCUGCUCACGAAAUCGGUCUUGCCUGGGGAUUCAAAGCUGAACUAAACAGGCUUCGCAAAACACUGUCCACCAUUGAAGGUUACUUAGCUGACGUUGCCCAGAAACCACAAGGUCGGAGCAAGUCCGUAGAAGAUUGGGUGACGAAUCUUCAACGCCUAGCUCAAGAUGCAGAUGAUGUCUUGGAUGAAUUCAACUAUGAACUUCUCCGGCGCAAAGUAGAAAUCCGAAAUCAUAUGAAGAAAAAGGUACUCAACUUCUUUUCACUCUCCAAUCCGGUUGCAUUCCGCCUUAAAAUUGCACAUAAAAUUCAGAAGAUCAAUGCAUCCUUGGCGGAUCUCAAGCGUCAAGCAUCUACCCUUGAACUCGUUUCCAGAGAAAAAUAUGCAGCCCCUCAAGGAAUUACAGGACGCAUACAAACCCACUCACUUCCUGAAAAAGAUAUCGUUGGCAGGGAGGAGGUUGUGUCAAACAUAGUUACAACCUUGACCAACUCCAACAUCAAUCAAGAAAAUCUUGCUGUUAUGGCCAUUGUGGGAAUGGCAGGCCUAGGAAAGACAACUUUGGCCAAGUCUAUAUACAAUGAUAAUUCUAUAAAAGGGUAUUUUGAUCCAAAAGUAUGGGUGUGCGUAUCUGAUCCUUUUGACGUCAAAUUGAUUCUAAUUUCCAUGUUAGAAUCUCUUAGCCCAUCAAAAGCCACUGUAAGAGAAAAUCUAGAUGCACUGCUAAAAUACCUUCAAGAAGAGCUGAAAGGGAAAAAAUACUUGCUGGUACUUGAUGAUGUCUGGAAUGAAGAUUCGGAGAAAUGGGAUGGCUUGAUGGAUCUUUUGUUAAAGCUUGAUUCUGCUCGGGGAAGCACAAUUAUUGUCACUACCCGCAGUGCCGAAGUUGCAUCAAUCUCAGAGAAAAAACUUAAAAAACUUCCACGACAAGAUUUGGAACUUCUAUCAACAGAUGAAUGCUGGUCCAUAUUGAAACAUGCAGCUUGCUCAGAUGGUAGUUCUGAUAUACCUCUUCAUUUAGAGAGUAUUGGACGGGAGAUUGCUAAAAAAUGUGAUGGUCUACCAUUGAUGGCAAAGGUUUUGGGAGGCAUGCUGCGUUCUAAAAACAGUAUAGAUGAAUGGCGGUCAAUUCAAGAAAGUGAAAUAUGGAAAUUACCAGAAGGUGAUAAGAGAAUCAUGUUAGUUUUGAAGUUGAGUUUUGAUAAUUUGAAAUCACCAUCUUUAAAACAUUGUUUUGCAUAUUGCUCAAUAUUUAAGAAAGAUUUUGAAAUUGGAAGGGAGAACUUGGUCCAACUCUGGAUGGCUGAAGGAUUGCUCCACCCUUCAAGGGAUCUAGAGAUGGAAGAUAUAGGAAAUGAUUAUUUUAAUAUUCUAUUGCAAAACUCCUUUUUUCAAGAUGUUACAAUGGAGACAGAUGAAGUUGUUAUCACAUGCAAGAUGCACGAUCUUGUGCAUGAUCUUGCAGAAUUAGUGUCAAAAUCUGUUGGGAAAUUGCGGUCCCUAUUUUCAAAUGGUGAAGGCCUUAGUAAUAUCUUGUUGAGUUUUAAUUCUUUACGAGUGUUGAAUUUAUACUUCGCUGAAAUUGAGGAGUUGCCAAGUUCAAUUGGCAGGUUGAAACACUUGAGGUAUUUGGAUGUUUCUAGAACAAAAAUCAAAGAACUUCCAAAAUCUAUUGGCAAGCUUUACAAUCUGCAGACGUUAAGAAUGUAUGGUACAUGGAAUCUUAAAAGGUUUCCAAAGGAAAUGAAAAAUUUGAUCAACUUGAGGCAUGUUUAUUUCGACUAUGGUAGGGAAGUUCCAUUUGGGAUGAGACGAUUGACUCGUCUGCAAACAUUACGUUACUUUAAUUUGGAUAAGGAAAGGAAUCAUGGAAUUGACGAGUUGGGUGGCUUAAAACAAUUAAAAGGUGAACUAACUAUCACAUCUUUGGAACAUGUGAGAGACAAAGACGAAGCGAAGAAAUCAAAUUUAGCAGGGAAAGCAAAUAUACGAAAGUUGACAUUAGACUGGGGGUAUUCCAGGGAGAGAAACAACAAGGAGAGUGAUGUUGAUGUACUAGAAGGCCUCCAACCGAACCCAGAGUUAGAAAUCUUAAAUAUUAAAAACUUCAUGGGUGGUAAAUUAGCAUCAUGGAUGAUGAGUCUACUCAAUUUGAAAGAGAUCUCGUUAUCCAACUGCAAGGAAUGUGAAGAAGUCCCUCCACUCGGCCAUUUGCCAAAUCUUAGGCAUGUUAAAUUUGAACAUAUGGAUAAGCUUAAAUGUGUGGGAGUUGAGUUUUAUGGUUAUAACCAUGUUUACGGUGGUGCGGCUUUGUUUCCAUCAUUGGAAACGUUACGUUUUUAUGAUUGCCCAGCUCUAAUUGAAUGGAAGGAAGUGGAUGUGAUUACGCCAGCAGCGGUGUUUCCCUGCCUUGAGGAGUUGACUCUGUUUGACUGUCCUAGUAUAGAAUUCAUUCCAAUCACCCAGGGCAUGCCAUGUCUCCGCGUAUUGAAGAUUGAGAAUUGUGAUAAGUUAUCAAGCUGGCCGAGUGGGUUAGAAUAUUGCACCUCUCUUCAGGAUUCGGAUAUUGACAACUGCCCUGAGCUAACAUGCAUUUCAGUUCACGGUCUCACCUCCCUUAGGAAUUUGCAUAUUAAAAAUUGUCAAAAUUUGAGGCAUUUUCCGGUUGAUGGGCUACAGACCCUCGUCUCUCUUGAGGAGUGGACUCUAAUUGACUGUCCUAGUCUAGAGUUCAUUUCAAUUACCACCCAGAGCCAGGGCAUGCCAUGUCUCCGCAUAUUGAAGAUUGAGAAUUGUGAGAAAUUAUCAAGCUAGCCGAGUGGGUUGGAAUAUUGCACCUCUCUUCAAGAAUUGCAUAUUGAAAAUUGUCAAAAUUUGAGGCAUUUUCCGGUUGAUGGGCUACAGACCGUCGUCUCUCUUGAGGAGUUGACUCUAAUUGACUGUCCUAGUCUAGAGUUCAUUUCAAUUACCACCCAGAGCCAGGGCAUGCCAUGUCUCCGCAUAUUGAAGAUUGAGAAUUGUGAGAAAUUAUCAAGCUGGCCGAGUGGGUUGGAAUAUUGCACCUCUCUUCAAGAAUUGCAUAUUGAAAAUUGUCAAAAUUUGAGGCAUUUUCCGGUUGAUGGGCUACAGACCCUCGUCUCUCUUGAGGAGUGGACUCUAAUUGACUGUCCUAGUUUAGAGUUCAUUUCAAUUACCACCCAGAGCCAGGGCAUGCCAUGUCUCCGCAUAUUGAAGAUUGAGAAUUGUGAGAAAUUAUCAAGCUGGCCGAGUGGGUUGGAAUAUUGCACCUCUCUUCAAGAAUUGCAUAUUGAAAAUUGUCAAAAUUUGAGGCAUUUUCCGGUUGAUGGGCUACAGACCCUCGUCUCUCUUGAGGAGUUGACUCUAAUUGACUGUCCUAGUCUAGAGUUCAUUUCAAUUACCACCCAGAGCCAGGGCAUGCCACGUCUCCGCAUAUUGAAGAUUGAGAAUUGUGAGAAAUUAUCAAGCUGGCCGAGUGGGUUGGAAUAUUGCACCUCUCUUCAGGAAUUGCGUAUUAAAAACUGUCAAAAUUUGAGGCAUUUACCGGUUGAUGGGCUACAGACCCUCGUCUCUCUUGAGGAGUUGACUCUAAUUGACUGUUCUAGUCUAGAGUUCAUUCCAAUUACCACCCAGAGCCAAGGCAUGCCAUGUCUCCGCAAAUUGAAGAUUAAGAAAUGUGAGAAAUUAUCAAGCUGGCCGAGUGGGUUGGAAUAUUGCACCUCUCUUCAGGAAUUGCGUAUUAAAAAUUGUCAAAAUUUGAGGCAUUUACCGGUUGAUGGGCUACAAACCCUUGUCUCUCUUGAGGAGUUGACUCUAUUUGACUGUCCUAAUAUAGAGUUCAUUCCAAUUACCACCCAGAGCCAGAGCAUGCCAUGUCUCCGCAAAUUGAAGAUUGAGAAUUGUGAGAAAUUAUCAAGCUGGCCGAGUGGGUUGGAAUAUUGCACCUCUCUUCGGAAAUUGCAUAUUACAAAUUGUCAAAAUUUGAGGCAUUUACCGGUUGAUGCGCUACAGAACCUUGUCUCUCUUAAGGAGCUGUACAUAGAGGAUUGCACUAAUCUAGAAGCUAUUCCCAGUUUAGACAACCUCACAUCCCUCCUUGACUUGUUUAUUUGGGGUUGUGAUGGGCUCACAAGUCUACCGAGGGGUCUACAAUCCUGCACAUCUCUUAAGGACUUGACAAUCGGUGAAUGCCACAAUUUGAUCUCGCUGGCAGAUGUCGAUGUGUCCAGGUUGCAGUCUCUUUUCUAUUUACAAAUAUGGGAUUGUCGGAAAUUAAAAUAUUUGCCAACGGGGCUACGCUUUGGGAGUUGGGCAUAUAUGGCAAUCGGUAAGUUUUGGAAGGAGCUCGAUUAUUUCCCUGAUUUUGAGCUUCCAUCACAAAUCCGAUGGUUACGGAUCUCAGGGUGGCCUAAGCUCAAGUCUCUGCCUCAAGAAAUUCAACACUCGACUACUUGUUUAAAACAAUUGAAUAUAGAAUCUCUCUACAGCAUGGAGGCUCUUCCAGAGUGGUUGGGUAACCUUUCAUCUCUUAUCUCCCUGAAUAUCUGGGAUUGUAAGAAUUUGAUGUAUUUGCCUACCGUUGAAGUUAUGCAACACCUCACCAAAUUAGAAAUGCUAUCGAUUAGUGGAUGUCCCCGUCUAGCAGAAAGAUGUGCCAAGGAGAACGGCCCAGAAUGGCACAAGAUUUCUCACAUCCCAGAUAUAAAAGUUGACGGAGUUGACCCGCGUAAAGAAUCGGAAUCUUCAAAUGAUGAUUCGACUCACUCAGAGCCUCACCAAACUAGCACAGUACUCAACUGUUCAUGUUUUUCAUGAAUGUUCCUUCGGGGAGUAGCUGCAACUUUCACAUUGAAGCACAAAAAGGCUUUUACUCGAAUCAGAAGAACAAGUGCUGAGAAACAUUAGGUGAAAUUUUUUUCCAUCCAGUUUGUUGGUUUUCAGAAGGAUCUUACUCAAUUGGAAGAACAAGUGAUGCGCAAAAGGUGCAAACUUAGUGCAGUUUUGGGGCUAGCAUCCAUUUGAAGUGUAAACAAUCCUUAGAAGUUGUUUAUAAAAAUUUGAUGAACUGGAGGGUUUACUGGAGUAAUGAGGGAACCUUGAAGCUUUCAGUGAACUAUCUAUUUGUAUAUGUGAGAAUCUGAAGAAUCUACCAGCAGUGGAAGCUCUGAAAAUUUCCCCAAAAUGAAAAGAUGCACCGAGAAGAGCCAGAGUCAUGUGCAAGGAGAUACAUGGCAUAAUGCAGCCCAUAAUGCAGGUUUCAGCUUUAUACGGCAUAUCAGUUGUCGAUGUUAAGGUCCUCUGUUAUUUGAUAGCAUGUCAUUUUUACUUAUGCUGUUGCAAGAAUCAGGCAGAGUCGAGAUUGAAGAAGAAACUCAUGCAUGCGAUGUGCUUGUGAUCUAGAACUUAUUGUUUUGGACAAUAUGAUUUGGGGCUAGCAUCGAUUUGAAGUGUAAACAGUCCUUAGAAGUUGUUUAUGACAAUUUGAUGAACUGGAGGAUCUACUCGAGUGAUGAAGGAACCUUGCAGCAGUCGAUGAAUUAUCAAUUUGUAUAUGUGAGAAUCUGAAGUAUCUACCUGCAGUGGAAGCUCCGAAAUUGUCCCCAAAACGAAAAGAUGUACUGAGGAGAGCUGCCCUAGUGGCAAAGGUUUUAAUAAUCCUCUCCUUUCCCAGCAAGGACGAUAGUGCAAACAGUACUAAUCCUUUGGCUUGGGUGACUUCAACAAAUAUGAAUGAGAAUCAAAUGGAAUGUUGCUCUUCUUCACUCUCCCUGCGGGUGUCUGUCUUCAUAGUGCUAAAAAGCAGAGUCAGCAUUCAAGAAGAAAUUCAUGAAUGCGCUAUGAGUGCCACUGCCAUGCAUGUUUUUGUCUCAUGAAAUUUUAAUUUGCACAAAUUGGGAAACUUCGUAUGGUGCAGCAUAAUCGGAAAACACUUUACCGGGCAUUUAUCAUGGAGAAAGCUCUUCCUAAUGAAGUCCUAAGACCUGUCUCUUACUGGGCGAUAUUUGGUGUAUUGAUCUUUCUUUGUUGAACUUUGUUUGUUCUUGGAUUUUUGGGGCAUUUUCUACACCCUUGUCUUCAAUGAAUUGUUUGACUUGACUUUU